CUAGUUUUCUUGCUCUUAUUCUCUAUAUUCUUCUAAGUUCAUUUCUUCCUCAAGAGUUUUGCUUAGUUUGACAGUUAAUGCUUGUUGUUUCCCUUCAAUUCUAUGUUCCAUCCAAAAUUUAUGAUGAUUUGCUGUGUUUUUAUGAGAUGUUCAAGAUAUCCCAUGAGUUUCUUUCUUUCAAUUCUUUUGAUUUGUUCACAAUUCUGUUAACUCUUUUAUGAAUCUUAUAUCUCAACUGUGUUCUGUUUGCUGGAUUCUGGAUGGUGUUGUUGGCAAUCUGGUUUAUUUCAGUUUUUAGCCUCUGAUGGCAUUUACUUUGUGUUCUUGAACAGAGAAGGAUUUUCCUUCGUGCAUGUUAGGCAGAUAUUUUAGGGUUCUUGUCUUUCUUCUAGUUUCUUCUGUUUUCCUAACAAUUCCCAUACAGAAUGAAUUUACCUCUUUUGGUUGACAAAGUGGGCCUCAUUUUUCAUGUCUAUUUUGUUUUUGUGCUGGAGAAUGUAAACUUGUUUUGUCCUGCUAGGAAUUGAACAUGCUUCAGUUGAAACUUAAGUACAUUAUUGUCUGUAUUGAAAGAUACUUGUGAUAUUUCAUGGCAUGAGUUAUGGUGACCAAACCCAUGUCAAUUUUUGUUAUAAGGGUAGGUUUAUUAGGUCAUACUCUCUCUUUUUCUCUUUCCUUUCCUUUUUUCCUAGAAAAAAAAAAUUCCAAAGAAUCAUCAGUUGACUUGAAGGACUUGUGAUCUGCAUGUGUCUACAUUGAGACUUCAAAUAAUGCUAGUUCUUCCCCUGCCAUUGAAACACUUUGUUUAUCCAUUAGAUUUAUUUGGAAUUUCUGUUAUUGACAAGUGAAUGAGAUCCUUUGACUUUUAUAGAAGGAUGUUUGGUGUUGAUGUCAAGAACAUUGAUGAGCUGAGGCAGAAGCUUUUGUGCACAACCGUUGAGCUAGAGUCGCUGAAAGUUGAAGCAAGUGAAGAGAUGAGAAAGCACAAGGAGGAUGUUAAGCAUUUAGUUGAUCUCCUGAAGAUGGCAUACAAAGAAAGAGAUGAGGCAAAAGAACAGUUGCAGAAGCUUCUUAACGAGUUGAUGCCUUCUAAUUCUGCUGAAUUACACACCAUUCUUCCUCAACCACAACCCAAAAGCCCCCUUGUUAUACCCCUGAAGGCAAACUCAAGCAUAACCGAAUCUAACAGUCUAUCAGAUACAUAUAAUCACCAAUCACAUGGUUCUUCCCCUGUGGAUUCCUUCUUUGAUGCAAUUACUUCCCCAGAUUUCUCAAGCAUAAACAUGGCUGGUACGAGUCACAUAAAAUUUGGGAAUAAGACUUAUGUUGAAGAAUAUACUGGUUCUAUGUCAACAGGUUUGGUCUCUCCAUCCGUUAAUCCGGCUGAUGCUGCAAUUGAUAGUCUUGUUAAUGGAAAAGUCCUGCCUCAAAAAGGAAAACUGUUACAAGCUGUUACAGAGGCAGGUCCUCUUCUUCAAACACUUCUUGUUUCAGGGCCACUUCCCCAGUGGAGAAAUCCUCCUCCACUGCAACACUUCAAUAUUCCACCAUUUUCUAUCAAUGGUUGUGAGAUUGCAAAUACAAUUGAUAAGAAACCUGCUGCAAAUGCAAAUUCUGGUGCUCAGAAACCACAGAGUUUAUCGUCUUAUCCUGAUAUGUCUCGUGGUUCUUCUCAAAUGUGUUCGGUUUCCAUGUUAAAUUUUACAAAUGGCGCUUCUGGUUCAGGUUUAGGCAGUUGUUGGCCGUUAAAUUCUGGCAAGCAGCAAGGAUUUCAUUGAGAUUAUGAUACUUUACUCUCUCUUUUUCUUCUUUUUUUUUUUUUUUUUUUUUUUUUUUUUUUUUUUUUACUUUUCUUUCCUUUUGUAUAAAAAAAAAAAAAACAAAUUUCAGUGGUUGAUGGUGUAAAUGAGAGAUUUUCUUUUGGGGGGUUGAAUGGCAUAGCUAGUUGUUUUGUUUGCCUGCUUCGACAUGAGAAAGUUACAUUUCUUGUUCCUUGAUUAAUCAGAUUUAGUUAUUUUCCACUUGAAACAGAGAAUUUGUAAAAUUAGUCCAUGAAGUUACAGGAACCGGAAUUGUUGCUCAAAUAUCUUGUACAAUUGUCUAACAUGAACAUUGCAGCAUUCUUUUCUUUUGUUA